ACACCCUCUACCAUACUCAACUCUUCCACCACAAUAUGACAUCGCUCGCAUACCCACACUAUACCGUCGACUCUGCACCCAUCGAGGCCCUCAGCGAGCCUCCGUCGAAUCCCUCUUACUCCCCACCUCUCUCAACUACGUCAUCCGACAACGACAUACCUACUCGCGGUCGCCUAGACGCCACCAGACCUAGACUCGGAAGCCGUAAAAGCAGCGGCACCAUGAUCAUCCCGAGAGAUAGCCCACGUGUCGAGAUGGCACCCGGCGAAGAAGAAUAUGAACCCGAUGAUGUCCGCAGCAUGAGCCCCAGACGCACGAGCGAGGUCAUUGAGAAAUUGGGAGAGGAUGCCCGUCGGAAUCUCAUCGACAAAAUCACAUCAGCAGCUCCAUCCAAGAAGGGCAAGAGUCGCAAUGUGAAA